CAUUCGCGAGGCUACUUUUUUGUCUAUCGCCAUGUGUGUUUGUGCGUGCCUGCUAAAUGUAUGCUUUCACAUAAUUGUCCGGUAGACACGAACAGCAGAGUAACGAUCGCGUUUUGUGUGUGCGGUAGCGUGCGUGUGUCUGCUGUUCGGACCGUUCACCAUUUCCAUGGGAAGCGCAAAAAGUAGCGAUAAACUAAUCGGACUGCUGUUACUAGCUGGAGAGAAAGGUUAUGAAGGAAGAAUGGAGUUCCCAGACCAUAGCCGCCAGUUGCUGCAGUGUCUGAGUCAGCAGCGUCACCAAGGUUUCCUCUGCGACUGCACUGUUCUCGUCGGAGAGGCGCGAUUCAAAGCGCACAGGGCUGUGCUGGCCUCUUGCAGCAUGUACUUCCAUCUCUUCUACACGGACCAGCUAGACAAAAGGGACGUUGUGCAUCUGAACAGUGACAUUGUGACAGCCCCGGCUUUCAGCCUGCUCCUUGAAUUUAUGUAUGAGGGGAAGCUGGAAUUCAGCACCCUGCCAGUGGAGGAUGUCCUGGCCGCUGCCAGCUACCUUCACAUGUACGACAUUGUGAAAGUGUGCAAAGGCAGGCUGAAAGAUAAGGAGCUGUGCUUGCUGGACGAGAAGAUUAGCGAGGGGAUAGCGCUUGGCUGUCUGGACAGGGAGAGCUCCUCAGACAGCGAGCAGCACAGCAAGCAGCCGUCGCGGCGCCGGUCGCAGCAGCAACAACAGAGGCCCCCCCCGGCAGAUGAAUUUGACACAGACAACGGCGAAGUCAGGCUAGCUGUCACGGAUUGUGAUAGGUCCGCACAGAGCAGGCAGAAGGCAAACGGUCACCCUGGCAGGUCCCCGGACCUUGUAGGUGUCAAUUAUGUGUCAGCGGAGGCCGAGUCCUGCAUCCGAACAGCUGGAAAAACAAAAGCUGAUGUCAGUAGUUCCGUGGCAUCUCUGUCCCAGAGGUCCCGGGCUUCGGAUGACACGGACUGCGCUCUGGAUUUGUCUUUCAAGCCUCUGUCUAGCAGAGAUUCCUUACACCCCUCCUACGUCUCGGGACAGCUGGCCCUCGACAGCCAGCAGCAGGGCACCGAGCCACUUGUUAAAGACGAACACGACUUGCUGUCAGAGCAGGAGGACAGUGAGCCGACGAGCCCGGAGAGCCAGCGCUUUGGGAAUAGCGCCAGGAGCUCGGUGGUGACAGGGUUCGCUGCCCUCUUCCCGGGCAACAACGGCUCCACCGCGGCCCUGCUCCCCCAGGAGGACGACCUGAUGGAGCAGGCGGGGGAGGGGGGAGGGGACGGAGCGGGGGCCAGAGCGGCCGAGGACCACAGAAGAAGAAGAAGAGGAGGAGGAGGACUGCUGGGCGACAGCGAAGAGGAAGAGGAGGACGACCUGGCCUCCUCGGACAUCUCCACCUCCAGCGGGGUGCUCCUGCCCCCAGGGCAGCAGGUGUGCGUGUGCCCGCUCUGCAGCAAGGUGUUCCCCAGCCCGCACGUGCUGCAGCUCCACCUCAGCUCGCACUUCCGCGAGAAGGACGGCGCGCGCUCCAAGCUGUCGCCCGACGGCUCGGUGCCCACCUGCUCGCAGUGCGGCAAGACCUUCUCCUGCAUGUACACGCUGAAGCGGCACGAGCGCACGCACUCCGGUGAGAAGCCCUACACCUGCGGCCAGUGUGGCAAGAGCUUCCAGUACUCGCACAACCUCAGCCGGCACGCCGUGGUGCACACCCGCGAGAAGCCGCACGCCUGCAAGUGGUGCGAGCGCCGCUUCACCCAGUCCGGGGACCUCUACCGACACAUCCGCAAGUUCCACUGCGGCCUCGUCAAGACCCUCGCCAUCGGAUGAGUCGUGACACGGGCAGAGGAAGCGCGUCUUUUUCGGAGCCUCGACACCACUGUGUACAGCAUGUGUAUAUAAGUGUAGAUAAACAUAUGUGAUUAUCAUAGUAUAUCAGGGUUUACCUAUUCUGAAUGGUAUGCCUGCCUAUACCCAUCAAGGAUUUUUUUUGUAAUUUGAAUGCAGUUUAUAGCUCCUUUGCAACAGCAAACCAACUCGAGAGAUGUGAUUUGGUAUGGUGCUGUUGAGAGGGGAUUUAUGUACUGUAAAGACUCGUGUCUUAAAAGUCUCGGUGCAAAUCAUCGUAUGAGACUGUAUCAUGUAAUGCUUUCUUCGAAGCUGGGUGGAUGGAUCAUCGAAGAGAGAAAAAUCCAAUGUGCCCUUGUGCCCCUCAACACGCUAUAACUGCACUGCUUUCAAAGAAGAAGCAAUUUCCACUGGAAAAAAAAUUAAUACUUUCAUGUGUAUAAAAGCACAAAAUUUUGCCUGGAUGAGCAAUAUUGGAAUGGCUGACACUGAACACAAUCCGUCCAUGAGUAGCAAACUUUUAUUCUCUAAAUUCAGCCUUAUUUAUUAUUUUGGAAUCUACUGAAAUUUUAUUACAUUUGCUGAAUGGGAAGCCAACUCCAGAGCUGCAGUAAAUUAUCUUUGUAUAGCUUAACAGAGGUCUGUAACUGUAAUGUUGACAUUUUCAUUUGUGUUUUGGAAGUGCUAUGGACUGGUGAAUGAAGUGUAAGGAAUGCGGGAUAAAAACUCAAAAAGGAAUGGCUAUCUUCUGCUGAGUUUGCCCAAGUCCUGAUAUCUAUUUUUAGUGCACACCUGAUGCCUCUACAAAGCAGACCAGUGGAAUCGUUUUGCUUUUUGAUCUCCUUAUCUGUAUAUCAGAUCCAGAAAAGCAAACAAGAUGUUUAAUACUUAGUAAUAUUAAAUAAUGUCAUGGGGUUUGAUACUGGAAAAAGACUGAGCGUGGAAGAGAAGGAAAUCUGGCAGAGUGCAGUUAAGCAACUUGGGGCUUGGGUAUGAGUUGUAUUGAGGGGUUUAAUUCAGGGUUGUGAUGUAAAACCUUAUUCAGGGGUGAUUCUCAUUUAAAAGAAAAUUCUAAAAUCUUAAAGAAGUCUGAGAGAAAAGCUGUGCCUGCAUACCUGAUGCCUACUGAGUAACCUACAAUACAUAAGUACUAAGGAGUACCUUGUAUUACUUAACGACCUUUAAAAGUCAAGGUAUAGGUUGGAAAUAAGUGUUUAGAUGCCACCUUAUUCACAUUAUGAAGUAAAUGUAUUUUUCCCCUGAAAGAAUGGACUGGAGUGACAACGAAAAAAUGCAUGCUGCUGUGUGGUUCAGGGCUUAAUCGGAGGAAACAGAGUGUGUGUGUGUACAGUACAAGUCCACACUUCCUGGAAUUAGGCUUACAGCAGAAGGAAAAUACAGGCUAAGCCAUGUCUCUUCCUGCUUCUCGGGUACUUAUUCAUGGGCCACUCAAGAAUAUGUACAGGACCUUGUCUGUCACACUCACCCAUUUCCUCAGUGUAGUGUUACAGAAAAGAGAAAGAUCUCCUGCCAGUCCUUUCUGUAGCAUUUUACAUAUUUAUUAAUUUAAUGUUUUUCUCUUUUUAGCCACCUGUGAACAAUAGUCUGGCUUAUGACCAUUUACAAUUUAACCCGCGAUGACUCUGCAAACUGUUUGUAUCCUCUGUGUUGUACUGUGCAGUUGCAAAAAUCUACUGAACACAUCAGAUUAAGCCUGUCAAUGAAACUUCACAAAAUGGCCUACGGCUGUUUAGUUUUCUGAGCCUUUUUUGUCUGUACUGUUCAAGUUUUGUUUUUUAGGUUUAUCUUUUCUGGAGCUAUACAUGUGAAUUCUUACUAUGGCUGGAAAUAUCACUAAAAAUUACUAAGUUAUUUGUUUUUAUUCUCCUGAUAAAACUUGAUUAGCAUUAUUUAUUAGAUUUUUUUUGGUUCAGGGUUUACUAGGGUGUGAUAAGUAUUAUUUUAUCCACAAUAUUGAAGCACAUUGAUUUCUUAUUUCUAACAUUAAAGGAGGUGUUUAGUUGAGCUCUUUUGUGUAAUUAUCAGGAGCUCAACUUUUUUAACCUAAUGGUUGUUUGAAGGACAGUGGAUGCCUCAUUAUGCUGGUACUUUUUAAAAUGGUAUUGGGACAGAUAUCUCAUUUGUCUUUGUAAAUGCCAUUACUGUACUGUGAAUUGGGUCUUUUAGUGUGUUGUCAUGUGAAAAAGAACAACAAUCUUAAAAUGUUUUAAGAUUAGCCACACAGGAAACAAAGAAGCACUUGUUUUGGGCAUGCAUAUAUCCUUUAUCUGAAUUUAGUUUUGACACUCAUAAUUACGUAGGCUGCUAUUUCUAACUACUUGUAUAUUUAAAGUAUAUUAUUAUUUUUAUUUAUAAGACUGUUGUUUCCCAAUAUUGUUCACAUAUUUGGGGUGAGAAUAUCUAACAGUGGCUGUCUUUUCUCUGCAAGCUAACAAGUGAUUUAUUCUCCAGUGUUUGGGAUUCUCCUAACUCAGAAAACAGAGCAGACUCAUGCAGCCUUUGCCUCUUCAGAACAAUAAACUGGACAUUGCAUUGGCUGCCACCUCAGCAAAGGAAAUGGUUGUAAAACUGAAAAAUCUGAAACUGAGACACACACUACUCUGGUACAGAAUGCCUAUAGAAAACACACAAAACUAGUAUUGUACUCCUGUCCCAGGUAUUUCUCAAGGGAUCAUUGUGUGUCCUUUUUCUUUGCUGAGAGUGAACUCCUUGAGCCUUGCACUUUUUUGCAUGAAAUUAACCCUUUGGAAUGCAAGAAAUGUAUUUAUAAAAGGAGAGCUGGAUGACUGUAAACAGGUGUAUUGUGUUUUGGGGGCAUCAAAGGAUUCUCUUAUUUCCAGCAUGCAUAAGAUAAGUGCUUCAUUGUGCUCUUUGCAAGGAAACGAUCGCACACUCGCAAAUGUGAAGUUGCACUUUGAACAUUAGGGAUUUUGAAUGUUGGAUAAAGUUUGGGAGAACGCAAAUUCUUGUACUGUUUGCAUUUCACCUAAAUAUAGACGCAUACAUUUAUGUUCAUUUAAAAAAAAAAAAAAAAAAAACAUCUGGAAGACGUCAGGGUAAAUUCAACCAACAUUUUGGUGUGGUGUUUUUUGUAAAACUGGUAUUUAAGAACUUUGAAAUAAAGUUCAAAUAGGAUCGAGACGGUUUAAACAUCCAUCAGAGGUUUCUAUUACUAAUUUUGAACAGUGGGAGCAUGUUCUCUUAAAAGAAGAAAUGGUGCCUUGGAGCAAAUCCUCAGUCCGCCAGGCUGUUCCCUUGUCUGGCACGGAAGCUGUUCAUCUUCCACAGUUCUGCUUUGAAAUUCCCUAGGUAAUUCCUGAAUAUUUACAUCGCAUGAUUUCUGUUGAAUAUCCCCGUUUAUGCUGUACGCUCAUUGAACAUGAACACAGGAAAGUACUUCCUGUUCUUGUCUUGCUUCUUUUGAAAGGAGGGACAUUUCCUCAAGUACAGCUGUUUUGGUUGUUCUUUUUCCCCAAUUGCGUUUUGCUUUCUGAUGGGUGAGUUUAACAAUACAGGGGCAGGGCAGUGAGCGAAUUUAAAUAUAUUUUAUGAUGUAUUAAAGCAUUGUAAUUUUAUUUAGACUUAUUUAGGCGUAUUUUACAGCAUGUACCUUGUAGGCACAAACACAGGUACUUGGAAUUGGCCUUUUUUAGUUUGCUAUUCCUGGCACCUGAGAAUGAGAAAAUGCAGAAAUAAUGUACUGGUAAAUAAGGGGCUAAAAAGUCCCUAUUGUGUAAAGAAUGAAAACAUGGGCCAAAAUUUGCUGGAUAGAAUCAAGGCUCUUUUUUGUCGAAUGUGAAUCUUUAUGAAUGGGGGAUAAACUGGUGUCAUCCUUUACAACAUUUUACUGCAACGAGCUGGAAAAAAAGAAAAUGUACAUGCAUGCAUAUCCCUGUUGAUUGCAAAACAGAGUUUUAGAUGAAUGGAGCAAAUAUGGGAAAGGACACCAACCACCUCUCUUACUGGCGUAUGUGUUUUAUAAAUUCAUACUGAAUCAUUUUAAAGUAAAAAAAAAAAAAAAAAAAAGGUAUAUUAAAACUGGAACAUCAUUUACAGUUUAGGUCCUGACUGUGAAAUUGUGUAUAAUGAGAAGUAUUUAUUGUUUUGUCUCUUGUGCAACAUUUUACUGUAUCUCACAAUUUUGACAUGUAAAAUGAAAUGAUAAUACUAAAUGUCAAUGGGGGAAAUUUUUUAAUCAAAUUUGUAGAAGUGCCAUUAGAAUUUAAUAUAAUUUUUUUAUAAGAAAGGUCUAUUUUAUAGGAAACAAAUGCUUCAGUGUUAGUGCUUUAGACUAUAGAGGACAAUCGGUGUGCGGAAAUGGCAUUGCUUAGGUCUUUUGGCGCUUAUUUGAUUUUCAUGUGGGGUUUUUUUGUUGCGCUUUUGGAGUGUGCUUGUGUGUGUGUGCUGUGGAAAUGUGACAAUCUUGAUUUACUAGGCCUAUUUUUGUCCAUUUAGUUUUUGCAUAGAUUAAAGAGAAGAGACUGUGA